CUUACCGCUGCCAAAUAAAAAUACCAAGCCGGCCUAUAAAUUUUUCAGCAAUAAAAUAGGGAAACACUGGCCACGUCGCGUGUGCAAUUGUUUAUAAUUUUUGGCGAUGCAAUUUCACUUCAAAGUCGCCGACGCUGAAAGGGAGAGGGAUAAUGUGGCGGCGUCCAGCAACGCUGGCGCCAAUCCGCACGCCGCCCUUCAGCCUCAGCAGCCAGUUGCCCUGGUGGAGCCCAAGGAUGCACAGCAUGAGAUUCGAUUGCAGAAUAUCGUGGCGACCUUCUCGGUGAACUGUGAACUGGACCUUAAGGCAAUCAACUCGCGCACGAGGAACUCGGAGUACUCGCCCAAGCGCUUCCGGGGCGUCAUCAUGCGGAUGCACUCGCCCAGGUGCACCGCCCUGAUCUUCCGAACGGGCAAGAUCAUCUGCACGGGUGCCCGAAACGAAAUCGAGGCGGACAUUGGAUCCCGAAAGUUCGCCCGCAUCCUGCAGAAGCUGGGAUUCCCCGUAAAGUUCAUGGAGUACAAGCUGCAGAACAUUGUGGCUACCGUGGACCUGCGUUUCCCCAUCCGCCUGGAAAACCUCAACCACGUGCACGGUCAGUUCAGUUCCUACGAGCCGGAGAUGUUUCCAGGCCUCAUCUAUCGCAUGGUCAAGCCGCGCAUCGUUCUCCUGAUCUUCGUCAAUGGAAAGGUUGUAUUUACGGGCGCCAAGUCGCGCAAGGACAUUAUGGACUGCCUGGAGGCGAUAUCCCCUAUUUUACUAAGUUUUCGUAAAACGUAGUCGGCUUUACACAUCCAAAUGUUUUUAGUUAGCUUAGUUUUAUUCCAAAUAAUCCUUUUUAUGUUUUCGUGUGUAAAUUCAUGUUAAUUAUAGGAUUUCUUUCGGCCUUUUAACGCCCUAACUUUUAUAAUUCUUAAUAAAUUUGUAUAUUUCAAAAUAUAUAUAACAUGAAAGUCAUUUCAUGUUACUCUGUGGACUGAAA